UAUAUAGAUUGCACCUAACCCCCAUCAAAGAUCAAACCUUUAUUGAAACGAAUUUAUCGAUUUUCAGUCAAAACCCACACUUGAUCUUACAAGGGUUUACAGAAUUUUGUAUAAUUUAAUCGUACAAAAUGAUCUGUUCUUUGCAGCAGGCUCAGGGAUUCGGUUGUCGUUCCAAUGUCGUUACUCACCGGAGAAAACCCCUUGUUCAAUUCUCGGUUUUACCAUCGAUUUCUGUACCGAAAGUACCCAGUUUCUCUGCUGUUUCUCUUUCGAAACCUCUGCAUAUUUCUUCAUUCGAGACGUAUGGAUCAUUGGAAAUAGAAUCUAAGAGGAAACCCUUGGUUUUCUGCAAAGCAUAUGAGGUUGAUCGACCUGAAGAAGGAGGACUUGAGAAGGUUGAAUCAGCAAGAAAAGUGAAGAUUGGGUUCUAUUUUGCAACAUGGUGGUUUUUGAAUGUGAUUUUUAAUAUUUAUAAUAAGAAGGUUUUGAAUGCUUUUCCAUUUCCAUGGUUGACAUCAACUUUAUCUCUUGCUGCUGGAUCUCUCAUCAUGUUAAUCUCUUGGGCAACAAAAGUUGCUGAAGCACCUAAAACUGAUCUUGACUUCUGGAAAUCCUUGUUCCCUGUUGCAUUGGCACAUACAAUUGGUCAUGUGGCAGCAACUGUGAGCAUGUCCAAAGUUGCUGUUUCUUUUACUCACAUAAUCAAGAGUGGGGAGCCUGCUUUCAGUGUGUUGGUUUCAAGGUUCAUUUUGGGCGAAACGUUCCCCAUGCCGGUUUACUUAUCUCUUGUGCCAAUUAUUGGUGGUUGCGGCCUCGCUGCACUUACGGAACUAAACUUCAACAUGACUGGUUUCAUGGGAGCCAUGAUUUCCAACUUGGCAUUUGUGUUUAGGAACAUAUUUUCAAAGAGAGGCAUGAAGGGGAAGUCUGUCAGUGGGAUGAAUUAUUAUGCUUGUUUAUCUCUUCUUUCUCUCUUAAUCCUUACUCCAUUUGCAAUUGCUGUUGAGGGUCCACAGCUGUGGGCAGUUGGAUGGCAGAAAGCCAUCACUGAGAUUGGACCCCAUUUCAUUUGGUGGGUGGCGGCUCAAAGUAUCUUCUACCACUUGUACAACCAAGUUUCGUACAUGUCACUUGACGAAAUCUCUCCUUUGACGUUUAGCAUCGGAAACACAAUGAAACGAAUAUCUGUCAUAGUCUCCUCCAUCAUCAUUUUCCGUACACCCGUUCAGCCGGUCAAUGCUCUUGGAGCCGCAAUCGCUGUCCUUGGAACUUUCUUGUAUUCUCAGGCAAAGCAGUAAAAGAACGGAGUUCCAUGUUUGUACCAUAAACGAGAGGCGAAAUCUAAGCGUUCGUCUAUACGAUCUCUCCAAACCGUGGGGUCGAGAGGCAACUUUUUCUUGUGUAGAUAAUAUGAUGAUAAUAAUGAAGUUGCAAGUAGUUGCAUGCCAUGAACACUAGUAAACUUGGUUGCUUUGUUCUUUGAAUAAUCAAAGAGGCCACAAAGGGCAAGAUGAGCAUCAUCAUCUUCAUAGACAAAGAGGUUUUAUUUUUGGUUUAUAUUUGAGAUGGAAAUUCAAAAGCAUCUUUUCUCAUGCC